GUUUCUAUUUUUAACAAACAAAAUUUUCUUGUUUCUCAAAAGUAGAAGAGCUUCACUUAUUCGUAGUUUUCGCCCUUGCUUGUAAAUCAGUCCUAAGAUGGCGAAGGUCGUUACAUAUUUCAGCUCGAAAGGAUCAACUAUCCUUGCCUUUGCUAAACCAAGGUUAUCCACUAUUUGGAAAUAUGCCAAAGUUGAACUUCGACCUCCAACAUUAGGAGAACUUUCAGAGGUCCCUCUGGCAAUUCAGAAACUAAAAUUGUCUGCCCAGACUGGUAAAUGGAAACAGCUUACUGUAAAGGAGGCAUUUUUGAACACAAUUGUUGGUGCAGAAAUAGUUUUCUGGUUCUACGCUGGUGAAUGUAUUGGCAAAGGUGGAAUCGUGGGUUAUGAUAUUCCUGGUGCGGUGAACUGGGACAUACACUUUUAAUAAUCCAGCCAUUUUAGUAAUUUAAAGACUUGUUAUUUUGAUAGAUCUAUGAGUGAUAGUUUGAGAAAGUGAAUUCACAACUGUUUUCUUACACAUUUGUUAUUGCAGAUUCAGUCUGCCAUGACUUGAACACUCAAUACAUAGACAUAUUCUGAAUCAAAUAAAGUGUUGAAUAUUU